AUGACCAGAGAGGAGGUAACUGAAGCAACGCUCGCUGACCCGGUGAUGAACUCGCUCAAGAAAGCCCUAAAGCAACCCCAGCAAGGCAAAGAUUGGAAGACCACAACUCUGAUGCCCUUCUCUCGCAUUGCGACAGAACUGUCAGUUUCCAAAGAAGGCCUUGUGUUAAGAGGCACGCGGAUAGUACUGCCAGCACAACUUCACACUAAGGCGGUGCAUCUUGCACAUCGAGGACACCAAGGCAUUGUCAAGACAAAACAGCUGUUGCGUGAGAAAGUGUGGUUUCCAGGGAUAGACUCUUUAGUGGACCAGACAGUUAAGAGUUGCCUGGCAUGCCAAGCGAACACACCAGUACACCAUCGAGAUCCCUUGCCAACCCAGGAGCUGCCUCAUGACCCGUGGACUGAACUGUCGUUAGAUUUUGCUGGCCCUUUCCCUGAUGGCAAGUAUGCCAUGGUAGUGGUGGAUGAUUUCUCCAAGUACCCAGUUGUUAGCGUACUACACACUCUUGCAGCACCUAGAGUCAUCAAGCAACUGUGCACUGUUUUCGCUCAGUUCGGCUGUCCAGAAGUUGUAAAGUCAGACAAUGGCUCACCAUUUCAGAGUGAGAGUUUUGCAGAGUUCGCCAGCGAGCUCGGGUUCAAGCAUCACCGCAUCACUCCACGGUGGCCAGAGGCUAAUGGGGAAGCCAAAAGAUUUAUGCGCACCCUCAAGAAGUCUAUACUCGCCAGUCGUGUCAGCCACUUGGAUUGGACUAACAAGCUUCAGUUGUUCCUGCUGGCUUAUAGGUGCACACCCCAUAGUUCCACAGGAAAAUCUCCGUUUGAACUUCUGUUUGGGAGACCCAUGAAGAAUCUUCUACCGACACUUGUCGCUGGUACUCACAACUCGGCUCACUAUGAGGCCAGACAGAGUGACACUAAAAGAAAAGCAUACAAGUGGUACGUCGACACUCGGAGGCAUACGAGCAACAACCAGCUGUGUGUGGGACAAGUCCUCUGUAAACAGGACAGGUCAAACAAGUUUUCGCCUUACUAUGACCCACACCCAUACACAGUCGCCAAAGUCAAUGGCUCCAGAAUCACAGCGUCCAGAGAUGGAGUGUCGAUUUGUCGCAACUCAAGUUUCUUCAAAGAUGCAAGCACAGUUCAAGUGGAACGACAUCAGGACCCGACCGACAUGCCAUAUCUGGAUGAUGAAGCUGUGCCAAGUAACAGUGACCUUCCAAACCCCAGCAUAGCUACUUCUAGCCACAGCCAUAUCAGCAGCUCCCAAGACCGUCUCACAGCGGUACCCCCAACGAUCCAGGCAACGACCUAG